GAUUCGUCCGAUCCCGGGUCUCCAGAGGGCGAAGGUCAGCGCGAUAUCCGCGUCAGCAGAGGACCAGAGGUAGAUAGAGAGAUCGACGGGGAGAAAGAAGAAUAAUAAUAAGAGGAAAAACAGCGGAGCUCGACUCCUUUUGGUGCCCUUGAUUGCUCAUAUCAGUGGUGCCAUGGGGCAGCUGCAUCUCAUGCAGCCGGAACGCCAAAUCCAGAUCCGUGGUGGGUCGACUUCUUCAUUGGCCAUAAGAAACGGGCCACCUUGCCAAGAAGAUGAUGAUAAUUAUCACGAUGGCAAGAUAAGGGAGUAUUCAGGGACCGUACUUCCAGAGGACAUUUGGUGUCAUAUACAUUCACUAAUGACACCGCGAGAUGCUGCCCGUGCUGCCUGUGUGUCUCGUGCCUUUCGACGUUCCUGGAGAUGCUACUAUCCCAACCUCAUAUUUAAUAGUAAAACAAUAGGCCUAUCACGGGAUGGCAUGUAUUUCACCCGCAAAGUUGAUCAGGUUUUGGAAAAACACUCAGGCAUUGGCGUGAAGACAUUCGAGAUUGAUUGCUCCUGUUGCGACAAGCUCAAGGGCUAUGAAUAUCUCCAUAGGUGGCUUCAAAAAGUGGUUACACCGGGCAUUGAAAAACUCACCCUUGUGAUGCCUGAGAAUGAGCCAGUCAACUUCCCAUGCCCAGUUCUAUCCAAUGGGAAUGGAAGCUCGAUCUGGGCUCCAUUUAGGGUGCCUUCUUCCCAGCUGUGUUGUGUUGGAGCAGUUGAAACUCAGGAGAUGCUACCAGAUAACCUACCUAAAGAUACCUUCCCGGCUGCAGCGACUCAGCUACCUGCAGGUGACCGUGUUGAGUUCUUACUUGGCGAGUCAUUGCGAUUGAAGAAAUUAGACGUGCUAUGUUACCCCUUCCUCAGAUAUGCACUUGAUGAGCUUCCGUCCAUUGCGCCGAAUCUUGAAACUCUUAGCAUAUAUUCAUGGGUGGUCAAUACAACACUGACGCUCUCGCCUUCCAAGUUCCUCUAUCUGAAAUACUUGAGCAUUUAUAUUAAUGGGUCUUGCGAUUGUCUUUCUCUGGUUUAUUUUCUUGGUGCUGCUCCGUCCUUGGAGACAUUCAAACUGCGCGUACCGAUACAGCUACAACAAUCCAUAGAAGAAUUGCUUUCUGAAGACCCCUCUCAUCUAAGGCAGAUCCCAGGAUACCGCCAUGACAAGCUCCGGAGAGUGAGCAUCUGUAGGUUCCCCUGUUCAAAGAGCGUGGUUGAGUUGACGUCCCAUAUUCUGGAAAAUUCAGCAUCACUCGAGUGCCUUACAUUGAGCACCACCAAUGACAGUUUCAGGUGUUCUGAUGAUCGAUCUGCUAAAUGCUCCUGCUUGAUCAGACCCAUGGAAGCCCAUAAAGCAGCCUUGCUAAUCGAAAGAUACAUCAGGGGGAAAGUUCCCUCUACAGUUCAGCUAGAUGUGGUGGAGCCUUGCACGCAGCCUUCGCCGUGAUGUUCAACUCUGCAAUGUUUAUCAUUGAUUUAUCAUGUGUUUGAACGGUCUAAGUUCUGUAAUCUGAAUAUACUGGGAUGCGCGUUGUUUCUUGGCGCACCAUUAUGUGCAGUGUUUAGCUCUGCAAUACCUUAAUGCAAUCGCUUAAAGUUUGAUGACCUCUCAUAUAACUCUGGACAUCUUCGUAAUUGUUUGCUUGGUCCAAGGUGUCUGAAUUGAACUGGUUCAACGAGCGACCGCAGGUUGGCAGUCGCCACUGUAACGUGCCUGAUCGGCAGAGGAGAUCGAGAAGGAGGGGAUCGGAGUUGGUAGGAGGAAGAAAGGGGAAAGUGGAAGGAGGAGAUAACUUGGAGAGAGGGCAGCUCUGCUCCGAUUCAUUUCAGCCAAGUAAUACACGAUACCCACACCAGCCACACGCGGCUGUACCUAAACACGCCAACCCAACCACCACACGCACACCUACUCGACUGCACUUGGGUCUUCAUCAGGCCCUGCCUCUGCCAGGUGGGCCUCCUUGGAUCUCAUGCUCUUGGGGCCACCGUCAGUCGUGACAUUCUCCCCCCUUGGAAUCCGGCUUGUCCCCAAGCCAGUGACGUUGGAAAACGCCGCUGCAGCGCCUCCAGGUUCUCCCAGGUCGCGAGUGAGGGCGGCCAGUCCCUCCACUGGACACGGACGUGCUGAGUGCGGACGCCGUUGCUGCUCACCUCCCUACUGUCGAGGACGCGGAGAGGUUCUUGCGCUGCCUGCAAAACAUCAUCAGGAGGAGGUAACUCACUUGAUACUGGCACAUCCACUCCAACUGCCUUCUUGAGCUGCGAUACGUGGACCACGGGGUGUAUUCUGCUGGUUUCUGGAAGAAGAAGCCUGUACGCCACCUUUCCCACUCGUGCUUCAAUCUUGUAAGGCCCGUAGUAUCUGAAUGCCAAUUUCUGGUAAGGUCACUGCGCCACCGAGGUCUGGAUAAAUGGUUGCA